AUGGGCUGUACUCAGUCGUCUACUCGGCAUUCCUCUCGGACGAGGCGUAGUCUCAACCCUAUCACUUCUUCUGGGCGCACCACCUUUGGUGGAUCUGCCGCGCCGCACUCGGAAGAUUUUCGGCCGGGAGCUCGAGUGAUAGUAUUGGCGGGCCACACAGCUGCGGGUAUGACCGGCACACUGGUAAGUGUCGACUGGCGAGGCACAUGUAUGAUCGAUCUCGAUUUUACUGGGGAGACUGUGUUCGUACCCAAGGUCAUGGUUGAGACAGAGAGCCCUAUAGACAAUUUAUACUUCUCUGAAUCGGGCGCCACCUUCGCUUCGCUUGAUAGGAGGAUCGAUGCCGUUGUUGGUGACCGAGUGGAAAUAGUAGGUGAACAUGAAUUGGUAGGGAAGCGCGGCUUCAUAACAGAAGCUGUGAGUAUCGGCCCCGAUGAUACGCUUUACACAAUAGCACUUGAUGACGGCACGAAGGCUCAUGCUGGGCAGGAGUAUGUGAAAAUGGCUGAGGACGGUGCUACUAGGGCGAGUGCUACAAAAGCUGAAAGGGAUGAUAAGGGAAUAGAUGCACAUCUACUGGCAGCAUUGAAGGAUAUGGGAGGGAGCAAAGAGUGGGCAUUGGCUCGGACAACUCUGGCGUCGUUGAAGCCGGGCCCGGAUGAUACCACUGCUGAAUGCGCGUUGUGCUGUGAAGAUCUGUGUGACAGUCCUACGGCAGUUUUGGUGAAAUCGGAUGGCUCGAGCAAGGUUAGAGUGUGCCGACAUUAUUAUCACGUAUCGUGUCUAAGGGAUAUGUUUUUGACCAAGUCGCUGGAAAAGCGAUGCCCUCUAUGUAGGGAAGAGUUCGAACAUUACGUGCCUUUGCCUGAUUUGAAGAAAGAGCCAAAGCUGUGGUUUAAAGUGGUCGAUAGCAGAGGUGAUGGGCAUCUCUCUUUAGAGGAGGCCGUUGCUGCGACGCAGAGUAUAUUACCGGUGAGUCAAUAUUCACUUACGGAUCUCCUCAAAAAGGAUGAUAAUAAGUUGUGGUUGCGAUGGGCUAAGACUAACGGCGAGACUAUCACUUUACAUGAUUUUUUCCGUCUCCACGGUGGUUUUUUUGUGUGGCUGUUGGCCAACUUGAGAGAACUGCAUAGGCUGAAAAUGAACGAUCGAAAAAUGCCAAAUUUGUUCACCUCGGACGGCGAUUGUGAUAUAGAGAACGCUUGGUUUGAUUAUUGGGACUUCACAGGAGCUGGAGUGCUCACCAAACAGCAGCUCGAGAGAGCCCUCACUAUAGCAGUAGUAGCUCGGGGUAGAGGUGAUAAGAGUAAGGGAACGGCAAUGGAAGGGAAGAUGAAUAUGGCAGUUAGUGAAGUAGUUGAGGCUUUGUGGGAGGAUAUAGCACCGCAGAAGGACGGUCUUAUUAUGCGAAAUAGUUUCCAUGCUGCUGUUAGGCUACUUCUACCCAAUGUUGUCACUCUUGUGGGAGGGAUCGGCAGAAUCGGAGUGAAGUGGCGAGGGAGUGGUAUUGUAGUAUUAUUUAAAUCGUCCAGCACCAGGGAAGUUGAUGUGUAA